AUGUUGCGUGUCGCCGCUGCCCAUUCGACCUGGGCAAGUCUGGCAGAUAUUGCAGAACUCGUCGAGACAAAGGCUACCAAUCGCGCAGAAUUCAUCCAGGAAUGCCGCAGCGGCAAGUUCGAUGGCGUCCUCGUGGCUUAUCGGACUUUUGGGUCGUCGAGCAUCACAGGUCUCAUUGAUGAGGAAUUGGUCAAUGUGCUGCCCAAGUCGCUGAGAUAUCUUGCACAUUGCGGAGCUGGAUAUGACCAAAUCGACGUUCAUGCCUGCAGCGCGCGCUCGCCACCUUUACUGGUCUCCAAUGUUCCAACAGCCGUCGACGACGCAACCGCAGAUGUAAACAUGUUCCUGAUAAUUGGGACCCUGCGCAACUUCAACACGAGCAUGUUGGCCCUGCGAGAAGGAAAAUGGAAAGGCCAGCCAGUCCCAAAGCUAGGCCAUGAUCCGCAAGGAAAAAUUCUCGGAAUCCUAGGCAUGGGAGGGAUCGGCCGGAAUUUGAAAAAGAAGGCUGAAGCCUUCGGAAUGAAGAUUAUCUACCAUAACCGGAGAAAAUUGAGUGAUGAGCUUGCCGACGGCGCGGAGUACGUAUCCUUCGAUGAAUUAUUGAGAAGGAGCGAUGUGAUCAGUUUGAAUUUACCACUGAAUAGCACCACCCGCCACAUAAUCAGCCACGCCGAAUUCGCCAAAAUGAAACAAGGCGUCGUGGUCGUCAACACCGCCCGCGGCGCCGUCAUUGAUGAAGAUGCCAUGGUCCAAGCGCUGGACAGUGGCAAGGUGCUCUCCGUCGGUCUAGAUGUGUUCGAGGACGAGCCCAACGUGCACCCGGGCCUCUUGCGCAACCCGAAUGUCAUGCUUGUGCCACAUAUGGGCACCUACACCGUCGAGACCCAAACUGCCAUGGAGGAAUGGGCGAUCGACAAUGUGCGCCUAGCCAUUGAAAAGGGGAAGUUGAAAUCUCCAGUUCCCGAACAAGCGGAGAUGUGGUUGUGA